AUGCUCUUCGAAUCUCUCCCAAAUGAAUUGCUAAUUCUCUGCUUCAAAUAUCUCAACGCACCGGAUGUUUUCUACUCACUUGAUCACUUGAACCAUCGUUUCGAUAGUCUCAUUCGAACUAUGUCAUUGUGGUUAAAUUUUGAAAAUGUCAAAAGCAAAUUCUUAUGUGACCAAUUUGGUAUGAAAAUGUCGAUGGAAGAAUCCAUUCGACGGCAAAUUCGUUCGUUACGUUUAUCCAACAAGGAAACAUGUUAUCCAAUUCAUUUUUUUCUUUCGAAAUUUUCAAUUUUGGAAUUCUCUCAGCUCCGUCGUCUGGCUUUGGUUCGAAUCACAGUAGGAAACUGGGAAUGUCUUCAAUCAAUCUUACCACAAUUAUCUGCAUUAUCUUCUUUUCAAGUGUUAGAUUGUGAUUCAUACCGUGUGAACUUCACAACUGUCUUACCAAUGUCGCAAUUACAAACUCUAGUUAUACCACAAUCAUUCAAAGAGUGCUUUUGUACUAAUCAAUUAGCACGAAUGAUCCAUCUGACCAUCAAGGAAUGUACGUUAAAUGUGUUACUCAAUCUAUUAAAAGAUGCACCAAAUCUGAGCUAUUUAAAGAUAGGACGUGUUUGUAGGAGCACACCUAUAGAGCCAGUUUGCUGUACAAGUAAACUGAAGUCAUUAAUUAUAAAUUUGUUUUACGGUAAUGCCAAUAAUCUUUGGACGCUUUUCCAACAAACACCAAAUUUAGAAGAAUUAAUAAUAGAAACUUCGGAUGAUCCGACUUUCCUCGNAAUAUAA